CAUUCAGUGCAAACCGACCUCUCAUUAUAAAAGAGAAGCUACCAUCCCUCACAAUUAGCAACAAAAAAAGAAAAGAAAAGAGAAGUUACCAUCUAGAACUUUCGCUGAGUCAAAAUGUCUGAAAACGGGGAAGAGAAAUUACUCGCUAUGGCGCGGCACAUUGCAAAGUCGCUGAGCAACGAUACCAACAUGACCGAUCAAAUCCACCAAAUCCUCUCUGACUUUGAUGAAAGAUUCACGAUUGAGAAUCUCUCUGAGAAGGAUGCAGAACCAGUUACCAGAGCCUGCGCAGCACUGGAUCACUCAACCGAGACCCUACGCUACCGGUUCUCUCACUUCGUCGGCUUCUCCACCGACGCCGCCGCCUUCCUUGCCGCUAUUGACGACCUCAACGCUGUAGUCGCCGAAUGGACCCCCCUCGCCGCUGAUGAGUCCGUCGCCGCGUCCCUCAUGCACGCCCAGAACAUGCUCCAGCGCGCCAUGUCCCGCCUUGAAGACGAGUUCCGUUCCCUCAUGGAGCGCGGUGCCGAGUCCUUCGACUUCACUCAGCUGGACCGGAAUGGCGAGUCAAGGGAAAACCUACCAAAGGAGGAAGAAGAAGAAGAAGAAGAGGACCAGAUGAGAAACAUAGAAGAAGGAAAUCAGCAGACUCCGGUGAUCAACUACGACAUGGUUAUCGACACGCUACCGUCCGAGACGAUUGACAACCUCCACGAGAUCGCGAAGCGUAUGGUGGCCGGAGGGUAUGGGAAAGAGUGCUCGUACGUGUACGACAGUUGCCGGAGGAAAUUUAUGAAAGAGAGCCUGUCGAGGUUAGGAUUACGGAAGCUCACCAUACAGGACGUUCUCAAGCUGCCAUGGAAGGACCUCGAGGACGAGAUUGAACGGUGGAUCAAGGCCUCCAACGUUGCUCUCACGACACUGUUCCCCAGCGAGCGGAGGCUCUACGACCGCGUCUUCUUGGGGGUCCCCUCCUCGUCCUCCGCUGCAGACCUCUCCUUUAUGGAGGUUUGCAGGGAAUCCGUUUUCCAGCUGCUGAACUUCGCCGAUGCUGUUGCUAUGGGAACCCGCUCGCCGAAGCUGCUGUUUAGGGUCCUCGACAUGUUCGAGACUAUGGAUGACUUGAUCCCCAAGUUUAAGUCUAUGUUCUGUGAUGUGUUCCUCAAGGAGGAAGCAAGCAUGACUUGGAAGAGAUUGGGGAAAGCAAUUACGUGGAUUUUCAUGGAGUUGGAGAAUCUGAUUCGGGAUUCGGCAAAGACGGAGGUUUCCGACGGCGGUGUUCACCCGAUUACUUGUGAUGUGAUGAACUACCUCCGUGCUGCGUGUCGGUCACGAGAGACACUGGAGCAUGUGUUUAAGGAAUAUGGGCAUCCCUUGAAGGAAUACCCCGAGUUUGAUGACAAAGUACCUUCAUCUUCCUCCAUGCCGGUGCAAGUGAAUUUAAUUAUGGAACUAUUGGAGAGCAGUUUGGAAGCUAAGUCCAAGAUCUAUAAGGACCCUGCUUUGGGCGAUGUUUUUCUGAUGAACAAUGUCAGGUACAUAGUCCAGGAGGCCAAAGAUGGUGAAUUGGGAACGCUUUUGGGGAAUGAUUGGAUCAAGAAACACCAUGCCAAAGUAAGGGAAUAUCAUCUAGAGUAUCAAAGAAAGUCAUUGAACGGGAUGUUGGAGAUUCUAAAACCUGACAAUGAAUCAAUGCCACCAGGUGUGGUAGCCAAGUCGAUGAAAGAGAAGCUCAUGUCAUUUAACACCUACUUUGAGAAUAUAUGCCGGAUUCAAUCUUCAUGGUUUGUCUUUGAUGAACAAUUAAGGGAAGAAAUAAGUAUUUUUCAUGAGACUUUUUUGGUGCCUGCGUAUAGAAACUUCAUUGGGAGGUUUCAGAGUUCAGAACAUAUUAAGCAUGCCGAUAAAUACAUUAAGUAUGAAACAGAGAAAAUUCAAACAAUGCUCAAAGAUUUGUUUCAGGGUAACAAGGAGUCAACCGGUAGACGAAAAUGAACGUAAAGUCAGUAGGGAGGAUUUGUUAGAGAUUGUCCUCUCUGAUGUUGCAAAAGUCCAACGUUCCAUUCUAUUGUAACAUUUUUUUUUCGCCGGGAUC